GGUAAGGCUAAUGGAUGCAAAAAGUUCUGUCCCGUGAAAGGAGUUUCUAACAAGUCUUUCCCUGUCCCGCGUCUGAGAGAGACGCAUUUUACUCAGCAUCCAUUGUUGACGUUUUGGCGCUUCAUCUGUUGAGUUGCGAGAGGGUCUGAUGCAUAAAGAUGUCUGCAUUAAUCCAGACCAUUCAACAAUGUGUAUUCAAGAGUCCUGUGCCACAGUCAGGUGUUAUAACGGAGGAGGAUCCUGACUCAGGGGGAGAAACUGUGAAGGCUGAUGACAUCAAGGAAAGUGAAACUGUACAAACCCAGUGUGAUAAAAAGACAGACGAAGUCCCAGAUCAGGGAUCAAAGAGUGGCUUAUUAUGGAAGAUGUCUUCUGGUCUGUAUAACACAGCCACGGGGGCUGUAGGAUAUGGGGUAGGUAGUGUGAAAUGGGUUGCAGGAAAAACCUACGAUGUCGGGUCUUCUGUAGUCAGUCAUGUCAAAGUACCAUCAGUUUCAACACUUCGACGCAAGGACAAGAAAGAAUAAAUGGAGAUCGAAAACAAAAGAUUGAGAUUUAACAACAUAUAUGUACUUAACUGUUUUUAUCUGAUGUUUGUUACUAGCUAUUUAUUAAAGAAGUAUGACCAGUAUUUUUGUAUCAAGUGCCAUAAGUAAACCCAAAAAUGAUAUUUUGUAAACUCUUACACACCUGAAGGUGUAAAUUGUAAUUUUUUUUUCAAGAUACUGCAAAAUAUGUUUGCUGGCAAGCAUAGUUUAAUUCUUUUUUUUUUUUAACAUAAAGUUAUUUGCAGUAGUCAACUUUUUGUGUUUUGUAUUUUGAUGCACAUAAAUCAAUGGUUGCUGGGUUUUUUCUGUUUAGUACAAUAACCAUAUACAUGUAUGUAUUUAUUUGUAAAAUGUGCCAUUUUCUUUCCAUAAAUGAUUGAUAGGGAGUAUUUUAGUAAAUUCAUAUUCUAGUCAUAUUAAAUUGUUUAAACGUUACAAUGAUAAGUGUUGAAAAUCUAUUCAUGCUUGUCACCUUAUCAAUUUUCUUUUACCUGAAUUGUCAUGACAUGAGAGACUUUAAGAAAAUGGGCAAAUAAGCUGAGAAAAAUGCCUUUUGUUCAACAAAUAAAAAUUAAAUAUCUCAAUUUUACAAAAUUUUCCUUGAUAUUUCAAUUAACAUUAAUUUAUACAGUUGCACCUCAUUAAUGUGGAGGCUUGUGUUCCAGAGCAAAUUUUCCGAAUCAAUGAAAUGUGUUGAUUACUGAAACAUAAUUUGUAUAUUUGAAUGUAAAUUGUUCCUUACAAAAUUUUCCCAGAAGUUGAAGUGUUCGGAUUAUUGGAAUCUGGAAUAGUGAAGCUACACUGUACUUUAUAUAAAAUCUCCAGAAUUGGCAAUAAUCUCACAAGUAUUGAAAUUAUAUGUGUAUGAUUGAAAUAUAAUGUACAUAACAAAGAGAGCAAAAUAAUCAUUUUUUCGUACUAUAAAAAAUUUCACUCUUUUCAAAGUAUGUGUAAAAACAUUUUUUUUUUUGGUUUAUAACAAAAACAUGGAGCAAUGACCCAAUGUACCUAAAAAAAGAAAUUCAUGUAUGAUGCAACAGUUGCAUCUUCCCAAGAAAUAUUUGAAGUCAAGUUAUUCAGGUAUCAUAACACUAAUGAGAUUUAAAAUGCCACCUCUGAAUGUGAGUUUUUGUAAGUGGUUAGUUUGUCUGUACACUCUUACGAAAAGUUUUGUACUUGGGAUUUUUAUGGCUUGGGUUCCAACCCCAAGAAAACCACAAUUUUUUUUUUUAUUGUUGAAAAGUUUUAUCAUAAUUACAUACCUUUCAAUAAGAGGAACUUUGCUCUAAAUACUUACUUCACAAAUUGAAUUUGAUUUGCUAUAAGCAUUUCCUACACCAAAUUUGCCUAUUUUCUUUGUUUACCAUUUUGUACCCCCCAAAAAGAUUAUUUUAUGGUAUUUAAUUAUAUAAACCUUUAAAAUUAAUGUUAUUUUUAAAAGUCUGUCCAGAUAUAAUCAGACAUCCCUGAUGUUUAAUGUCUCAGGUAUGAUAGCCAAAUUAUUUUGAAAAAAAAAAUAUUUCAUUCGCUGGAAGUUUUUUCAUGCUUUUUCUAAAAAUUUUUAAAAAUUUUUGAUUAAAAUUUAGAAACGUGUCCAUUUAUCAAGGUUGUAAGAUUAUGUUUUUUGGGGUAUGAAUGCAAUGUUGUUUUUGUUUUUGUUAUCUAAUAUGCUCUAAUGUAAGUAUUGAUAAAGACAAUCAAAUUUACAGAAGGCAUUCUGUAAUAAUACCUAAUGUUCCUUGCUAUACAUAAUUUUUUAUUAUGGGUGAUUUUUGAAAUAAUUUUAUGUUUCUGUCCAAGAUAUCAGAAUGUCAAUACACCAUUUUUUUUUGGGCAUUGAAUGACAAGAAAACAAAUUCGAAGUUGAUGGGUGUGGUUAUUUGGGGAAGGGGGUGUCAAUAGUUUGAACGACCAAUGCCAUUUUAAUAAAGGGCAUUCAACUUGUUUAAAUUGCAUAAUAGAUUUUUAUCACUGUAACAUCAGUGCAUGACAACAUUGAAAAAAUAAAAAACUGUUCAUGUUCAUA